GUGCAAACUUUGAAAAUUUUUUUAAUCAACAUUUGUUGCCAAUAAAAUUGUCAUCAUUGCCGCGUUAACAGAAACCACGGCGUCAGCAGCGAUUGCAGCGCUCAGUAUCAGCAGCAGCUCACAAGCAUCGCUUGCCAGCAGCCCCCCAACAACGCCGCCGCAAACGGUUGCAACUGCCACCGUUCCGCCAACAGCAGCAGCAGUAGCAGCACCAACUACAACAACAACAACUUCAACAACACCGACACCGACAACACCAACACCAAAUCCGUCGCCACCGUUAACGGUAAAAAGCGAAAUUGUUACAUCUGAUUCAACAGCUGAGUCCGAGUCCUCCCCUAUACAAGAUUUAAUCAUGCGCGGAAGCGACGAACUUUUGAGCCAAGCAGCAGUCAUGGCGCCCGCCUCCGACAAUAAUAAUCAGGAUCUGGCCACAAAGAAGGCCAAACUGGAUUCGAGCACCGUGCUGGCCGGCGGAAUUGCCAAGGCCUCAAAAGUCAUACACUUACGGAACAUUCCAAAUGAAUCUGGUGAAUCGGAUGUAAUUUCGUUGGGCAUACCAUUCGGACGUGUGACAAACGUGCUCGUUCUUAAAGGCAAAAAUCAGGCAUUUAUCGAAAUGGCCGAUGAAGUGGCAGCCACAUCAAUGGUAUCCUGCUAUACAGUCAGUCCGCCCCAAAUGCGUGGACGUAUGGUCUAUGUGCAGUUCUCCAAUCAUCGUGAGCUAAAGACAGAUCAAAGUCAUAAUCAAAACUCAGUUGUCCAGAGCGACUACCGCAUUCAGUCACCUGCCGGAGGCUCUCCAUUGCCUCUGUGCGCUGCCAAUGCUGCCAAUGCCACCAGCAACAAUGCCAACAAUACAAGCAGCGGCGGUGACAACAGCAACAACAGUGCCGUUGGCAUAUUGCAAAAUAACACGAAUGCGGUUAAUGCAUCGGCAAAUAAUACCAAUGCAGCCGGCGGUCCAAACACGGUCCUUCGGGUAAUUGUUGAAUCGCUGAUGUAUCCCGUCUCAUUGGAUAUAUUGCAUCAGAUAUUCCAGCGUUAUGGCAAGGUGCUGAAAAUUGUCACCUUCACAAAGAACAAUUCAUUCCAGGCUCUCAUCCAAUAUCCGGAUGCCCACUCCGCCCAGCAUGCCAAAUCCUUGUUGGAUGGCCAAAAUAUCUAUAAUGGCUGCUGCACAUUGCGCAUUGAUAAUAGCAAAUUGACCGCAUUGAAUGUUAAAUAUAAUAAUGAUAAAUCUCGCGAUUUCACGAAUCCGGCGCUGCCGCCGGGUGAACCGGGCGUGGAUCUAAUGCCCACUGCCGGCGGUCUAAUGAAUACCAAUGAUCUGUUAUUAAUAGCCGCCCGGCAGAGACCCUCACUAACAGGUGAUAAAAUAGUCAAUGGACUGGGUGCUCCUGGUGUACUGCCGCCAUUUGCCCUGGGAUUGGGUACACCAUUAACCGGUGGCUAUAGCAAUACCCUGCCAAAUCUAGCCGCCUUUUCAUUGGCCAAUAGCGGUGCUCUGCAAACCUCAGCCCCUGCCAUGCGAGGUUAUUCCAAUGUGUUGCUCGUUUCGAAUUUAAAUGAAGAGAUGGUCACGCCUGAUGCUCUCUUUACCCUCUUUGGUGUAUACGGCGAUGUGCAACGUGUAAAGAUUUUGUACAACAAAAAGGACUCGGCACUUAUACAAAUGGCGGAGCCACAGCAAGCUUAUUUGGCCAUGUCUCACCUUGAUAAAUUACGUUUAUGGGGCAAGCCGAUACGUGUCAUGGCCAGCAAACAUCAGGCCGUGCAGUUACCCAAGGAGGGCCAACCAGACGCGGGACUGACACGUGACUACUCACAGAAUCCAUUGCAUCGCUUCAAGAAACCCGGCAGCAAGAACUAUCAGAAUAUCUAUCCACCAUCGGCCACAUUGCAUUUAAGUAACAUUCCCUCAUCCUGCUCUGAGGAUGACAUCAAAGAGGCCUUCACCUCGAACAGUUUCGAAGUCAAAGCAUUCAAAUUUUUCCCCAAGGACCGCAAAAUGGCGCUGCUGCAAUUGUCAUCCGUAGAGGAGGCAGUUCUGGCAUUAAUCAAAAUGCACAAUCACCAGCUAUCUGAAUCCAAUCAUUUGCGUGUGAGUUUCUCCAAGUCGAAUAUCUAGAAUCCGAUUCGCGGUCAGGUUCACUGAACCUGACUGAGCCUGAGUGCCAACAAUAACAACAUCAGCAGCAACAACAACAACAACAUUUAUUACCAGCAACAUUGCAGUAGUAGUGGUAUUAGUAACAUCAACAACAUCAUCAACAAUUUCAACAACAACAACAGCAGCAACAACAUGAGAUUCGCCCGCAAUCAACAGCAGCUACAAUUCUAUUGGCAGCAACAGAUCCAAUCUAUUAUACGUAGUACAAGGAGCAUGCAACGUUUUCGUCAUGUCCAUUUCAAUUGAUUGAACCGAUGGAUACACUACUCUGCACUUAACUGGCAUUACGGCAGAGCCCCCGACCCCGCCCCCU